GCAAGGUAUUAGACACAGGCCUGGAGGAAAGGGACUGUGACACAGAUUUUUUUGUUGUAUGACGUGGUCUUUAAGGCUCAUCUUCCCGUUUAGACAACUCUACUACAGCUAUUACAGAAAACCUACGUCUGAAGACGGCUGGGUGAAGAAUUGAGCAGUUUAACAAGGUAGUUGAAAAUGGAGCCAGGUCACAAGCCUCUUGUUGACGACGACGGUAUAGGUGCUGGGUACAGCUAUCCCAGAACUCCCAGUAUGAACGUGCUUCUUGUUCUGUUGGGCGUGAUUGAGGCCCUGGGCGUGGCAGCCAUCGCCAUGGUCUGCUAUUGGACAGCUCACUACCGGGGAGGGUUUGCCUGGGACGGCACCGGUCAGGAGUUCAACUGGCACCCUGUGUUCAUGGUGGUGGGGAUGGUCUUCUUGUACGGCAAUGCAAUACUGACGUACCGCGUGUUCCGAGACCAAGUGAAGCUCGGGGUGAAAAUCCUCCACACGGUGCUACAAAUCGCGGCGCUGAUAUUUUCCAUCGUGGCUCUGGUGGCCACGUUUGAUUUCCACAAUGCUAACGGCAUCGCGAACAUGUACAGCCUCCACAGCUGGGUCGGGCUAAUCGUGGUCAUACUGUUCGCGUUACAGUGGGUACUUGGGAUGUCCACCUAUCUCCUGCCGUUUGCCAGCCGCUGGAUCCGAACCCUGUUCAUGCCUUACCACCGCUUCUUCGGCCUGGUCAUCUUUGCCAUGUCCAUCGCCACUUGUCUGAUGGGUCUGACUGAGAAACUCCUCUUCACCAUUAACGACACCUACAGUUCCUUUGCACCCGAGGGCAUCCUCGUCAACUGCCUAGGUCUCACCCUGGUGUUGUUCGGAGGGUUUGUUGGCUACAUAGCCACACGAGAGGACUGGAAACGCCAGCCACUACCAGAGGAACAGCCAAUCAACAUGUCCAUAGAGUAGGGGCUGUGUAGGGAGUAACUAGAGUUUGCAGAAAGCAGUCUAAGAGUUUAGGGCUGUGUAUGGAGUAAGCUAGAUAAAACUGGAAGCAUUGUGGGGAAGUCAACUUGUAUUGAGUCAGUGCAGAGCAAGCUGAAAUCACUGUUGCUGUAUAUAUUUUGAGGGCCAGAAAUGUUGAGGAUGUUCAAAACUAAUUUUCCUUUAUUCAAUAUCUACUUCCAAUUCUAGUAAUAUGUUUUGUUUUCCUGUUGCUUUCGGAUAGAAAGAAGGAGGGAUUUUUGUCCAUUUACUGUAACAUUUAUAAAAGUGCUGUUGAGAGCACAUAUAACAGAUAUAUCAGUUUUCAAACAGCUUUGCUUGUGUUUUGAGCCCUGUUGAAAACAUACAACUUUUUCAAGAACAAGUACUACCUGAAAAUGUCUCCUGAUUUGAUAUUAUCAUUAUUAUUUACUUCCUUUAUUUCUAUUUAUCAUACAUUUGAAUUACCAGUAACUUUGCUAAACACCUAAAUGAUAGGUUUGUAGACGCUGUGCAUGUCAUUGUUGUAAUUUAUUGUGUGAAACCUCAGGCAAAGCUAAGCUCUUUUGUCCUCUUGAUAAACAUGAUAUGAAAAUGCAGUUUGGAAAGACAUACAGGGUAUGGAAGAAACGAAAUAUGUUCUUGCCAUGCACCUUUUCAGUAAAAGCAAGGACGUUAAACUGAAGGCCAUAAUCAAAGUUUCAGUACCAAGGAUAGACCAUUAUCAAAGUUGUUUUUUUUACCAAGGAUAGACCAUAAUCAGUUACCGACCAUUGACCUUUAUCAGCUUCAAUACUAAGAAUAGACCAUAAUCAAAGUUUCAAUACCAAGGAUAAACCACCAUCAGAGUUUCAGUACCAAGGGCAGGCCAUAAUCAGUAUUAGUCCUUGGUAAAAAACCUAUUAAAAAUGUAGUAUUUGUCAAGAAAGUAGUUCUCAAUUUGGAAUAUGAAGGAGCUUUCAAAACACACGAACAAGGCUUUCAGAAAUUCAAUUUACUCAAUCUCAAAUCUCUGUGAGUACUUUAUCAAAGUACAACAUAGAAAUAGUGCAGACAUUUAUCUACAAUCUGAUGUGGCUAUUGGUAGUGAGAGUAAUGUAAUGUAGUAAUGUCCUGAUGAACUUGUGAAAUGCUGUGACGUACAAAUACUAUAAUUGUGCAAUGUGAAGUUUGUCUCAUAAUGUGCCUUGUGUGGUGAGUGCUGCCAUGUAUUCAUAACCCACACCAGUGCUGUAAUAGUGUUGAUUUAGGCUUGCGUAAAUCAGGUAAUGAGUUCGCACAAGUGAUGACCUCUGCCCUCACGCGACUAGUCUAUAUUCAAUCUAACGUGUCUUAGAGACGUAGAGUCUACGUUUCCAUUUAUCUAAUAGGGUCUCAAUGAAGAUUAGACAUCCAGGCAUUGAUAUUCAGAGGAUAAAAGUAACUCCAUCGACUGGAUAGAUUGCCAUUGGAAUAAUUUAAGUUUGUAAUUUUUGGUGAAAUACCUGUUGGACCACAAGUCUUGCUCAGUGUCACGGACAAAAGGUAGUGUACACUACCUGAAAUGUCUUACCUUUGCCAAAAUUUAUCCAUUUGCUUAUCUGUUGUAGUAUUGUACUCAAACAAAGGAGUUGAGUGAACCUCCUUCAUUACUGGUAGUUUGGCAUUUGUUCCAGCUUCUCAUGAUGGGUCUCUUGUUAGCCUGAUUGUUUCCACUUACCUAGGAUAUUUAUGAUAAAGAUUAUGUAUACCUUGCCGGAAAUGUGACUGUAUUGAAAUCACCAGAACACAAAAUAGUGUUAAUUACUUCAAAAGCCACCAUACUCCCGGACUCACUCACUCACUGCAUGCAGAAUAUUGGCAGAUCACAAUUAUUGUGUAUGUAGAGGUAAGAACUUGACAGACGGGUGUGAUGAUAGGAUUUCCUUUUGUAAUUGAGUAGAAUGAUGGUGUGGGUUUGGUAUUUUAUGAAUUUUUUGGUCCGUUUUUCUUUUUCUUUAUGUUGUAAAAGCACAGUGAUGUAACUCAGAUUUCAAAUGUUGUUAAUCAUUCUACAGAUACAUGAUUGUUGUAUUGGGAAAGACAAAUUGCCAUGAAAGUAUUUCUCCACAAAAGAUAGUAGACUGACAUCAGUAUUUAGAAACCUAAAAUAUGAGCCGAAACAAACAUUGAAAACCAUUCCAUGUAUCUCUGAGUGGUAGAAGAUGUAGUGUAGGUCUGGAACACUAGCUUAGCUAGCGAUACAUCCUACCCAAGUGCCAGAGACUAUGUAGUAUGUUGUCGUGUACACAAAUGGAAAUGUAUUCUGUAUUUUGUGGAUGUAGCAGUAUUUUUGAUGAAGAGUCAACAAAACAUAUCUAACCAAGAAUGUGCUAUAAGAAGUAUUGUAUGCACAGUGGAAGUGGAAAAUAAUACAUGCCAAGUGUCAUUGCCAAUGGAGAAUAAAUUAGUGAUAUUGCAAACCA